AUGUGGGUAUAUCGAAGAACACGAAGAGUGCAUGCUGGGAUACGUGUGCGGGUACGUGGGUACGGCCAUCAUCACCAUCAUGUGCGUGCACCUUCCCGCCAAUAUCGUUCCCGGAGAACAGUAUAUAAACGUGUGAAAGUACGGACAAUAAUACCAGAGGCGCCCACCAAAAAAGUGGUGUUUUCCAGGCGGUAUCAUCACAGGGUGUACUUCAACAGAUUCGUGCGACCUUACCCCGGAAGUGUGACUGCCCAUCGGACGAUCCACACACGUCACUUCCUUCCCCCUAUCUAUCUUCCUCCCAUUCUGCCAAACGGGUGUGGGGGUCAGUGUGGCAGAAAUGCAGUAUGUUUAGGGGGCCAUACUUGUGUCUGUAGACCCACAUAUCGGGGAAAUCCCCUCACGGUAUGCCACCCGGGCGGUGGCCCGUGCGGAAACAGAUGUGGGAUCCGUGCCCGCUGUCUGACAGGAACCGGAAAAUGCACGUGUAAUCCGGGGUACUAUGGAAACCCACUGGUGGCGUGCUUCCCAGGUUACAUAUGCCGGCGUGGAUGCGGUAAAAACGCCUUUUGUGACAACCAACAGGGAAUCUGCAAAUGUAGGCGUGGAUACAUAGGGAACCCCCACUUUCAGUGCGUCUCGCUGGUUGGAUGCCGCGGCGGAUGUGGACCAAAUGCAUUCUGCAACAGAGUUCGCCACGCAUGCGUUUGUGUUAAAGGGACUGGACCCAAUCCUGUAGCAGGAUGCAAACCACGAAAUGGCUGCAAAAGACGCUGUGUAUCUAACGCUGUCUGUAAUGAGAGGACCCUCAAAUGUCUAUGUCGUCGCGGUUUCCAUGGCAAUCCUUACAAGUCAUGUGUUGCAUUACCAUGUGAAGGGAGAUGCGGGAAAAAUGCAGCUUGUAAAAACGGUGCAUGUGUGUGUUUAACUGGAUGUGCCGGGGACCCGUAUAACAGGUGUUUCUACAUCCAAAAUUACAAAGGAUAA